GUCCGCACGGCUCGUGACGAGAUCGCUGCCGUGCUGGAUGCUAAAGGCCUGAAGUUGGUCGGCUUAGUCAACAAUGCUGGAGUCUCCCGACACCUCAUCUUCGAGUACGAGAAAUUGGAGGAAGUCAUGGCGCUGUACAACGUGAACGUCUUCGGCGUUUACCGCGUGACCCAGGCCUUCUUGCCCCUCCUCCGUGAGAGCAGUGCGGGCCGCGUGGUCAAUGUGGGAUCUAUGGCGCCGACUCUGCCAGCCAGCGGCUACAGUAGCUACGCAGGAUCCAAGAAUGCCCUGGAGUCCAUUAGCGAUGUGCUGAGGCUGGAUGACCUCAGGAUGGAAAAAGGGACUUCUGUGGGGCUUGUCUGGGGAUCCAGGGCCCUGCUGUCGGGCAAGAGACUUUCACAUUGCUUUCCCUUUUGCUUCGCGCAUCCUAGUGCAAUGGCGGGCAGCAGCCCCAAAGAACUUGAGAGCCAUGCCGCAGCUGAUGGGGCCCUGUUCCGAAAGCUGGUGGCAGAUGGAUACAACCAGUGCGCGGAUGCUUACCUCAGCCAGCACGCUGUGGACGACCCGGACGACAUGCGACUCCAAGCUUUCCGGGAGCUGUUUGCCGAGAUGCCCAGGCGAGCCCGCAUUCUGGACGCGGGCUGCGGCGCUGGCGUGCCUGUGGCCAAGGCUGUAGUGGAGGAUCCACGGGACAUGUCAGUGACAGGUGUGGAUAUCUCACAGCGCCAAAUCGAGUUGGCAAAGAAGCUGGUGCCAUCAGAUAGAGCUACUUUCCUCUGCAGCGACAUGGCUUCGAUGGACUUUGAAAAGGAGAGCUUUGACGCAAUCUGCGCUUUCUUCUCUGUCUUCCACCUGCCACGCCGCGACCAAGCGGCCUUUUUCGUCCGCGUGGCUUCUUGGCUACGUCCCGGUGGCCGCUUUGUCUUUAACCUGGGCUCUGGUCUCGAGGAUGGCGAGGGUGAGUGCCUAGAGUCCGACUUCUUGGGAGCCGCCAUGGUCUGGUCCUCCUACCCUCGGGAGCAGACUCUGGAGCUCUUGCAGAAGGCGGGCUUUGCCCUUGAGAAAGAGGAGCUGAAAACUGUGAGGACUGGAGACGAGGUUGACCGCGCUGGGCUACAGUUGGAGCUUGCACGCUACAACAUGUCGGUAAGCCUUCUCAAGCCUGGCAUGGUCCACUCGGCCCUACAUGGCAAGAUCUCAGGCGGCAACGCUGCUUGGCGCCGAGCCGAGGACGUGGAAGGCUUCCGUGUGCCUCAGCCCGAGCAGCAGGUCCUCUUCCACAGCCACAUCGCCAUGGGCAGCAAUGUUUCGCAGUUCGAGGUGGAGGUCGGUCCUGGCAUGAAGCAGGUUUUGGGUCACAAGACUUACGGCUCCAUCUCAGAGUCCUUCGAAGAGAACGGAGAAGCCAUUGCGGUGAUGUCCCGAUCUUUCUGUGGAACGGCGACCACGGCUCCGGAGGGUACAAUGGAUUGGGUCAUCGGGCCAUCCCUAAAAGAAAAAUGGGAUGACCCCAAUCGCAAGAGCAUCUUCGAUUGGAUGAUGAGAAUGGAAUGGUCUCUGGUCGCUGCUCGCGGUGGCUUCGCAGUAGCUGGGCUGAAACCGGAUGGCAGCAUGGGGGCUGUGGUUCUUGUGGCUCCAUACCCGGACGGUGUCCCUUCAGCGCUCUCGAGCCACUUCGAACAGGUGCGAGCCUUCUGGGCAGGAGGCUUUCCACCCAAGAGCGAUGCAGGCGAAGCCUUCUGGGCAAUGAAAACCAGAGCUUUUGCAGGUCAAGACGCCUUCGAAGAGGUGAAGAGCAAGUAUUGUACGGGUCCUCAUGCCCAUGUGAAGGUUGUGGCAGUGGAUCCGGAUGCACAAGGAAUGGGCUUCUGUGGAAAGUUGAUGCGAUUUGUGAACACUUGGGCGGAUAGCCGACACCUGCCCCUUUGGCUGGAGACUUCGGGCGAGAGGAACGUGGCCAUCUAUGAGCGUUUCGGCUACAAGACCAUGGAGCGCUUCGACAUCAAAUGCGAGACCUCUGAGCUAAAGGAGGACAUCCACCAUGAUGAGUUCGGCAUGCUUCGCUCUCCCCCGUGA